AUGGCUCGUCGACCUCCCUCGAGUCUGCGUAAAGACGUGUUCAGGAAGCGCAGUCGCACAGUCGAGAAGAAAGCGGACGAAAUUGCGAAGCUAUCUGGCGCCCAGGUGUAUGUUGUAAUGCUCCACCACGGCCAAUUCUACGUCUAUACUUCUCACAACACAAAUGCGUGGCCACCAUCUAAAGACCAAAUUGAUCAGAGCUUCCCGGUUCCGAAAAGGACUGCUCCUACCAACUUCAAGGUCGCCAAGGACUAG